AUGUUCUACGUGGCGCUAAGAGAGGUUAGGAAGCCAACGAACUCUAUCCCCUUUUUCUAGGUCUCUGUCUAUAACAGGACACAGGAAUCCCACAAGCCCAUCAAAUCGACGUGCUGGACGAAAGAGACAUCAUGAAAAAUUUCCAAGAUGGCGUAUGCCGUCUGGUGCUAGAGGCAAACAAGCGCCUCUUCAAAAAGCGCAGGAGAAAGACUGUCGAAAGCAGAGCCGCAUUUCUCCAUACCUUGGGGAGCCUGCUCUGCCAUCCGUCAAUUCGGACCAUCCGUCGAGAAGUGUUAUCUUUCGUGGUCGAGAAACGGGUACGUAUAGCCAGAGCCAGAGUCGCUCUGUUUGCGACUGUUCUCUGUUUUGUUACCAUUUCGCCACAUCUACAGAUAUUGGAAGACACCGACGUGCACAAGGACCGGAAGGAAACACUGUUCCGCAACAUGUUGACGGUGCGAGCCAGGAGAGGAGCAGAGGUUUUCGACGCAGCCUUCGAGCUCCUCCACGCGUUUAAUCCGACUGUGCCAAUCCUGCCGCUCACUGUCGCCUUUGUGCAAUAUGUCAGCAAAUUCAAGCUCAUUCACCAUUGUCACAGAGGUGCUUACAUUUCUGGCAGGUGCUUCACGAGCUCUCAGUGGCAUUCCUGUCUGAGCACUACCAAGCCGUGAGGGCGUUUCUGAAAGGCCAAAUCGUUUCAAGCAGGACACCGAUCAGUCUCUGCUUUGAGGUCGCGACAGUCGUCAAGAAGCGCUUUAAGGAGGAGAGGGACUCGCUGUCGGAUGAGCUUGGCGAGCUCUUAGAAUGGAUAAAGGUCAGUUUCCAGUUGAAGGUGAGACCUUGGAUCCUGUUCCUUGCGCUUCAGAGAUGCACGGCGCAUUAUUUGCAAGAUGUGGACGAGUGA